AUGUGUGACCAGCAGAAGCAGCCACAGUUCCCCCCAUCUUGUGUGAAAGGUUCAGGAUUGGGAGCUAUGCAAAGUACCAAAGAUACCUCUAUGAAAUGCCCAGCUCCAUCCCAGACUCAAACCUGCAUGAAAUGUGUAACUCCUUGCCAGACUCAAACCUACGUGAAAUGCCCACCUCCAUGCCCGACUCAAACCUAUGUGAAAUGUGUGACUCCUUGCCAGACUCAAACCUACGUGAAAUGCCCACCUCCGUGCCCGACUCAAACCUAUGUGAAAUGUGUGACUCCUUGCCAGACUCAAACCUACGUGAAAUGCCCAGCUCCAUGCCCAACUCAAACCUAUGUGAAAUACCAAGUGCCAAGCCAGACUCAAACUUACAUGAAGUAUGCAGCUCCGUCCCAGACAUAUGUGAAGUGCCCAUCCCCCUGCCAGACCAAGUUGUGCUAUGUCCAGGGCCCUUCUUCUGGCCAGACCUACUAUGUUCAGGCUCCUGCAAGCGGCUCAGCCAUGUCGUGCUGCACCCCUGAUCCAUGCUCUGCUCCCUGUUCCACCAGCUACUGCUGUCUGGCUCCCCGGACCUUUGGGGUAAGCCCCCUGAGACGCUGGGUCCAACGGCCCCAGGACUGCAACUCAGGAUCGUCUGGCUGCUGUGAAGAUUCUGGGUGCUGUAGCUGCGGGUGCUGUGGUUCUGGGUGCUGCUGUUUGGGAAUUAUCCCUAUGAGGUCCCGAGGUCCUGCAUGCUGUGAUCAUGAGGAUGACUGCUGCUGUUAA